GCGGCAAAACUGCGUCCUGGUGAAAUUGCGAAUUUUUUUUUAAGUUAACUUGGACUGAAACGCCAAGAUGUCAUCCUUCGACAAGUUAUCCAUUCAAGGAGUGCGCAGCUUCGGCUCGAAUGCCGAGGAUCUACAGAGCAUUACGUUUUCAUCGCCGGUUACCCUGAUUCUGGGCGAGAAUGGGUGUGGUAAGACGACCGUAAUCGAGUGCCUGAAGUACGCCCUGACUGGCGAGUGUCCACCGGGAAGCGAUCGUGGCAGGAGCUUUGUGCACGACCCCAAAAUCUUUGGGCUGAGCGAGUCCUUGGCACAGAUCAAGAUGCAGGUGCGCGACAAGCGUGGCGCCCAGGUCUCCAUCUGCCGGACGAUGAAGGUGUCCAACAAGCGCGGCAAGGCGACCUUUGAGACGCUGGACUCCACCAUCAACUUCCUGACCGGCGCCGGGCAAUCGAAGCGUGACAACCAGGACUCCCAUAGCGGCCGCACCAUGGACAUCGAUCUGGCUAUCUCGGAUUUCAUGGGUGUGUCCAAGGCCAUCAUAAACAAUGUCCUGCUGUGCCAUCAAGAGGACUCCAGUUGGCCCUUGGACGAGGCCAAGAAGUUGAAGGAGAAGUUCGAUGCUAUUUUCGGCAUCACGGAGUAUAAUAAGGCCCUGGAUAAGAUCAUCAAGCUGCGCAAGGAAGCCAUGGACGAGCUGAAGGUGAUGGAGGCUAACAUGAAGCAUGUGGCAUAUCUAAAGCAGGAAAUGGAGGCAAGAACACUGGCCCUGCAGAAGGCCCAGCAAAAGUGCGACUCCAUCAAGGCGCAGUGCAGCGAAUGCGAGGAGGAAAUGAAGCCUAUCGAGGCUAGACUCCUGGAAAUCCGGAACAUAGAAUUUGAGGUGGGCAAAUACCAAGCGCAGAAGGUGGAAAUGGAAACCAAGCAUAAGAACUGCAAGGAGCAGAUCUCCACUAUAACCAGAAAAAUCAAGACGCCAUUUAAUGGCUCCAUGGCUGAACUGGAUGUUGAGAUCAAUAAUUUCGAUCAGCGUAUGAGGGAGAUGAGGGACCAGCGCACAGAGACCGAGCAGGAACUCUCUCAGCUAAAGAAAUCCAGCGCCAGCGGACAGGAGAAGCUGGGCAUGCACGACAAGAAGCGAUGCCUGGCCAAGCAGCGGCACCAGAGCGAGCAGGCUUGCCGGGCACAGCUGCUGAAGCGGGUCAAGAACUUUUGCCGGGAGCUACAGAUCCCCAUUGAUGGCGAGCUCUCGGAGCAGCCCGAGAAACUGCUGGAGGUGCUGCAAGAUAUCGAAGCGGUUCUCAUGAGCAAGCACUGCGAAAUCACAGAGAUCGGCGAGCGGAACGACAAGGCCGACCAGGAGAGGCAGGCCAAGAUCGACGAGCUGCGUAUUGAGCUGACCAAAUCGGAGCAGGGCGUGACAGACAAGGAGAAGCAGCAUGAGCUCAACAAACGCGAGAGCGAGAAACUUGAGGUGGAUAUCCAAAAAAUCGAAGCCUCAAUGCACGAGCUGAAAAAGCUGGAGAAGAAAAUAGCUGAGGCUAACGAGCUCUACGAGAACACGAUGAAAAAUGUGGACCAGCAAGCCAUGCGAGAGGCCAUUACCGCCAGGAAGACCAGCAUUGCCGAGAAGCAGGCGCAGUUUAAGAAGCUGGACGAGCAGCUCACCUUUCUGGGCUCCAUGGCCAAACUGGUGGCCGAGAUAAGUCUCAAGCAGAAGGAUCUUGAAAAGAAGAACCAGGAAGUCCAUCGGGUACGCAGUCGCCACGCGGAGAACUUUGGCAAGUUCUUCAAGGAUCCAAUAUCUAGCAACUAUCGCAGGUCGAUGCAGGGGGCCUACGACAAGCUGCGUCGCGAGAUCCAGGAUCUCAACGAGCAGGCCAACGCGCAGAAGCUCAAAGAGCAGUCCUAUGAGAUCAAGCGCAAGAACCUUAUCGACGACAUAGCGCGUAUGGAAAAGGAACUAAAGGAUAGCGAAGAGCUGGUAUUCCAAAAGUGUCGCUCAACUCCGUACGAGGACCUAGUGGAGCGCAGCAAGACGGCCAUUUCCAAGCUGCAGUUCGACCAUGGGGCCCUCAAGUCCGCCGAGGCCUUGUACAAGAAGUAUAUACAGAAAAUCGAAGAGGAGCCUAGCUGCCCUUUGUGUCAUCAUAAUAUGUCUGGCGAUGAGGCGUGCGACCUAACCAACGAGCUCACCGAUGAAAUACAGAAGCUGCCGGAAAACAUAACCAGAGCAGAGAAGGCUUUAAAAGCUGAGCAGUUAAAAUACGAUAACUUGCUGCAGAUUAGACCGAAUAUUUUGAAGAUAAAAGAUCUGAAGGCAACGCUGCCCCAGAAGAAGGAAGAUUUGAAAAAAGUCGAGGAACUACUAGGCGAGAGCGUCAGCGAAUACGAAACGCUGUUGGCACUGAUUGGAGAGCCCACUCACAACAUGGAGUUGGCCAAUUCGAUGAUGGGCGAUAUGACGUUGCUUGAUGAGGCCUUAAAGGACUCGUUGCGCCUCACAAAGGAUCUGGAUCUGCAGAAGGCCAAGUUGCCCGCUUCCUAUGAUGCCAGCGUGUCGAUGGAUGCCUUGCAAGCGGAGAAGAGUCAAGUUUCUAGGGACCUGGAAACGGAGCGCAAGGACUUGGAAGUCACUCAGAAUACAUUCCAGCAGCACAUGGAUGCCAUAAAUCGUUUGCGUGAAAUGAAAAAUAGCCUGAAGGACCGGCAAAUUGUUUUGCAGGAAGGUGUGCAAAGUCUGCCACAGCUUAAGGAGCGGCUUGAGAAGCUCACCAAUUUCUUGAUUACCGUGGCCAAGGAAAUUAGCGACCUUAGGGCAAAAAUUCUGCCUCUGAAGCAGAACCUGAGGGCGGCCGUCGAAGAAAAGGAUCGUCUGAAGGAGAUAGAGCGAGCCCAGCUAGUCCAGUUGAAUUCCAAAUAUAAUUCCUACAAAAGCACAGAUCAGGAUAUUCAGAGAUUGAAUAAAGAAGCUCAGGAAUAUGCCAAGUUGGAUUUGCCAAAUGAAAUCCAAAAACUCGAGGACAUCAUCAAGACCACCAAAGAUGAGCUGAAACAGUUGGAAUCGCAAAUCACUUUGAAGGCCGAUCAACUGGAGACCAUUAAGACCGAGUGCCUCAACCAGCAGACGGUUGAACGAGAUCUGAAAGACAAUCGUGAGUUGAAGCAGCUGCAGGAGAAGGAAUCGAAGCUGAACGAGGGCUGCCAGUCGCUCAACAAGCUGCUGGGCAACAUGGACUUCCGCAGCGUUAGCAAGGAGAAAGUGGAACUAACCAAGCGACGGGACACGGCCACAGUGCGUAAGGGAGAGCUGCUGGGCCAGCUGGGGGAGAUUAACAGCCAGGUGGGCAAGCUGCAGCGGGAGAUCGACGAGCCCAGGUUCAAGGAGUCGCUGAAGAACUAUCGCAAGGCCAACUUCGAGCUGCUGGUCACGCGGCGCAGCAUCGAGGACCUGGGCCAGCAUCGCUUGGCCCUGGAGUGGGCCCUCAUCCAGUUCCAUGCCGAGAAGAUGGAGAAAAUCAAUCGCCUGAUACGUGAGUACUGGCGGAUGAUAUACCGCGGCAACGACAUCGACUACAUACAGGUGAAGACCGAGGAUGGUAACUCAGAUGCGUCGGCGGAUCGCCGCAAGACCUACAACUAUCGGGUGGUUCAGUCGAAGAACAAUGCCGAAAUCGAGAUGAGGGGACGCUGCAGUGCGGGUCAACGCGUUCUGGCCUCCCUUAUCAUUCGCAUGGCUCUGGCGGAGACAUUCAGCAGCAAUUGCGGCGUGCUGGCCCUGGAUGAGCCGACCACGAACUUGGAUCGCGUUAAUAUCACGUCCCUCUGCGAUGCCCUCAACUGUAUUGUGGAGGAGCGUCAGAGCCAGUCGAAUUUCAUGCUCAUUAUCAUCACGCACGACGAGAACUUCAUCUCGUCGCUGGGCAAGAUCACCAACUACCACCGGGUCUUCCGCAACGAUGACUGCAAAUCGGUCAUCAGGAAGGUGCAGGUCGGUUGAUCAAAAGAAAUACACGAACAAUAAAAUGUACUUUGUUAUUUAUCUAAAAUGUA